AGUUCGUCUGCAGAUCGUGCAUUGCUGACUUGUCGACGGAAGGCGAAGAACAUCAACUCGCUCGACAAAUGUGGAUAACGCGAACUACGGUGCGGGAUUUCGCAGAUCACAUUGAAGGAACCCACACGCAGGCCGCCCGUCGUGUUGCCUUCUCUCGGUCGUCAGCAUCAGUUAAUCGCAGACGUCUUCUACGGCCCAUUGCUGUUCCUGGCUGGCACAUAAGUGCAUAUUGCGGCACAGUGCACGACCGCGAGGACAGCACUGAACCGGUGGCAUGUUUUCCUUACCCGUGCAGAGACGAUACAGGCCGACGCGAUCCACGCCGCCCAGACAGAGAUGGGCGCUUCCAGGCCGUCGACUGGCACAUCUGGGGCCCGGGUGAUCUUGGGCAGGGGAUCUGGCCAAUCUCGGUCGGCUCUCCUCCGCCGACCGUCCCAUGGGCAACGCGAUCUUCUGGCCAUCUUCUGCUCGACGAUCGCGAACCUAAUUGCCAGUGUGCGUCCUUCCGCUUUGGGACGGUGGAGUGGCUCGGCCGCUGUGCAGACCACUCCAGAGUUACCCAGCGACUGGAUCUGGUGUGCAUGGUCGUUGACGACAAGUUCCAGUCUGCAAUGCAGUUCUGCAGGCAUCUUCUCCAGGAGUCACUGUCCUCCACCUCGCCCAUCCAGGCAUCACACGCACCGCCCACGUUCAACCCAAUCGGGGCUUGCUGGCCAUGAACGUCUAAAUUGCGGCCGUGUGAUGCUCUUUCGAAGAACAAAUAUC